GUGGUGGGGAAACUGCUGAUGAAGAACAAAAUGGGAGCUACUGAGCAAUCAUUUGGAAACUGGCUAUUAAAAAAAAAAAAAAAGCCAGCUAAUUAGAGCUUUGCGGAAGAGACAGCACUUUGUGCAAAACACCAGAAGCCAGGAAAACCUACUGACAGCUGUAUUUCCUAAGAGCAGCAAUAACAUUCAGGGGCCAGAUACACUAAAUGGAGACCCUCAGCCCUGCUCCAGCACAUUGGAGGGGGAAAAAUGCCAGCCUCUUUAAGAAAACUACAGCAAAUGGCUAUUUAUCUGGGGCUGCUAAGUGGUGGGGGAUGUGCUGUGAUGUAUUAUCUUAUGCAAAAAAGUUUUGCCAGGACACAGUAUUAUCAGCUGGCUAUUGAGCAGCUCAAGAAUGACCCUGAAGCCUUGGAGGCACUGGGGGCUCCCCCUCUUAAAGUUCACAACAUCAGACUGACAGACAAGAGUAAUCGCGUUGACAUGGCCAGAGCACAGAUAAAGAUACCAGUAUCUGGAACAAAAUCAGCUGGAUAUCUCCAUACCAAUUCAGUAAGAGACCUUAACUGCUGGCGUCUCCGAGAUGUCACCUUGCAACUGAGGGAUGGUCAGAAUAUUCCAGUGUACCAUUCGUGUGUGGAGAGCACCAACACACAGGAGGGGUGAAAACCAAAAGACAGCUGCUUUGCACAUCCUGCCACUUGAGGAUGUAUUGAUUGGUUGCAUAUUACUUUGAAAUUGUCCAUUUGUGACAAUACUGAAUGUACAGUUAAGUGGACAAUAUUACAGUCCAAUUAUUUCUCUAGCACUGAGCUCAGUUCUAGUAUUGUUAAUUUCAUUAUUUAUUUGUGUGUAUUGUAGAAACCCAAAAUAAAGAUUUUACAAUACUA